AUGGGUAAGGACCCAGCCAGCCGGGUUUCUGAGGAGGAGGAAGAGGAGGGUUCAGAGGGUAGGGGGGCGGAAGCCCCAGUGAGCACCGAGUCCUGGCCCAGGGUCGACCUGGAGGAAUGGGAGUGGCGGAGCCUGUUGAGAACUGAGGUGGCCGGUCAGGGGAGCCGGGAGGCGGCGGGUCCCGCGGGGGCCGCCCCGGAGGAGCGGACGGGAGGCGGGCCUCGGGGUGGCUCCGGAGGCGGCGGACCGGAGUCGGCGAGCUCCGACGGCCCCAGCGGAGAGGAGGCGGCGGGCGUAGAGCCCGGGUCGCCGAGGGGCGGGGGAGACGGCGGUCCGCGAGGUAGUGGAAAGAGCCCGGGCCGGCCGCUGCCAGGGGGAGAAGAAGCAGGGCAAGCUCCGGGACGGGUACUGGAGGCCUACUGGGAAAGGGGCAGGGAGCGCUACCGGCAGAAGAAAUCGAAGCGCAGGCCCAAGGGCGCGGGGCAGGUGCAGGGGGGCAAGGUCGAGUGGAAGUACCAGCUGGAGACGAAGUCCAACUGGCUGCAGAGCACGGGAUUCGUGGAGUCUGUGGAGGAGGACAAGUCCUCGCCCUGCAGGGAGAGUCCCGACAUCUUCAAGGUCCGGGUGUCGGACGCGCAGUUCCGGCAGCCGGCAAUCAGAUUCAGUACCUGCCCCACGCCUUCUCGUCGCCUGUCGCAGCGGCCGGUUGGGAGCUGCCUCUCCGGCCUCAGCGUCAUGAAGGAGCUAGCGAAGAUGGGUGACCCGAACCUCCUGGGGAUGGUGCAGGAGGAAGGGAGAGUAGUUACUAGAGAAAUAGAUCCCAGUCUACAAACAACAGAGGUAUAUAUUGUUAUGAAUUUUCCUCAUGGACCUACAUUGGCUGUAUCCCCCUGCAAAAUGGUACAAUUUGUUCCUGUGGCAGCAUCUUAUGUUUCAAAAAAAAUGAGCAAAGCAAAGAUUCUAUCUUCUUCCGAGAUGGGAUUAGGCAAAUUGAUUUUGUACUUUCCUAUGUUGAUGACUUAAGGGAAGAUGCAGAAAUAAAAGCGGAAAGAAGAAAAGAAUUUGAGCAAAAUCUCCGAAAAUCAGGUCUUGAAUUGGAAAUUGAAGACAAGAGGGUAAGUUUCAAUAUAUAUUUAUACCUGAAUCUUAUUUUGUAAAAUUUUUAUUUAUUUAAAUAUUGUUUGAGAUAGAGCACUCUUAUCCGCAAUGAAGCCAGAUAAUCCAGACCACAAUCCAGGCCAGACUCACACCAUGGUCUUCCUCUGGCUAUAUCAACACAGUCCAAGUCUUCCACAUAAGUGGCAAGUGGGAUCUCACUCACAGAGAUCUUUCAUUUAGGGUGGUUGUUGUUUUUUUUUUUUUUUUUUGCCAGAGUGUCUUGCCUUUCCAUGCCUGAGAAACUCUGAUGGGUUUCUUAGCCAGAUCCAAAUGCCUUAAGGGCUGAUUCUGAGGCCAGAAUGCUGUUUAGGACACCUUUCAUUCUAUGAUUCUGCUGUGUAGCCUGCUUCCCAUGUUGGAUUGUUUUCUCCUUUUUAAUUCUAUCAGUAUUCGCAGACACUGGUCUUGUUUAUGUGAUCCUUUGACACUUAAUCCUAUCAUUAUGAUCAAUUAUGAACUUAAACUGAUUACUUUGACUAGUGAGAUGGCAUUGGUACAUGCCAGCUUGAUGGGAUUGAGUUGGAAUCCCCUGGCAUGUUUCUAGCUCUACCAUUAGGAGUAAGUCUGAGAGAGCAUGUGCCGAACUGUACUGGUCGUCCCUCUCUCAGUCCCACUCUUAUAUUUAACAGGGGCCACUUUUCAGUUAAAUUUAAACACCUAAGAAUAAUUAUGUGUUAAUCAAAGAGUUCAACCAAUAAUAUUAAUUAGAAAAACAUACUAAAAGGGAUAGAGUAUUAAGUUGUUCCUCGACAGUUAGGACAAGGGCUGAUCAAGUCAUUGUUUCUCAUAGUGUCCAUUUCCCUUCUACAGGUUUCCUUUUAGGUGCUCAGUUAGUUGUCACAGAUCAGGGAGAACCUAUGAUAUAUGUCCCUUUGGGACUGGCUUAAUUCACUCAGCAUGAUGUUUUCCAAAUUCCACCAUCUUGUUGCAAAUGACUGGAUUUCAUUUUUUUAGUGCUCUUUAGUAUUCUGUAGAGCACAUAUCCCAUAAUUUCUUUAUCUAGUCUUCUGUGGAUGGGCAUUUAGGUUGAUUCCAGGUCUUAGCUAUUGUGAAUUGAGUUACAAUAAACAUUGAGGUGAAGACAGCUCUUUUAUUUGCCAAGUUAAUUUCCUUUGGGUAAAUUCCAAGGAGUGGGAUGGCUGGAUCAUGUGGAAGGGCUAUAUUCAGGUUUCUGAGAAAUCUCCAAACUGACUCACAUAGUGGCUUUACCAGUUUGCAUUCCCACCAACAGUGGGUUAGUGUCCCUUUUUCCCCACAUCCUCGCCAGCACCUGUUGUUUCUUGAUUUCUAUAUUUAAGCCAUUCUAACUGGGGUGAGGUGAACUUGUGGUUUUGAUUUGCAUUUCCCUGAUUGCUAGUGAUCCUGAAUAUUUUUUAUGUGUCUGUUGGACAUUUGGAUUUCCUCUUUUGAAAAAUGUCUAGCGCAGUUCCGGCUGUUGCCUCUUCCAGCCAAUUUGGGAGUAAACAAUCGGAAGGAAUUCCUCUCUCUCUCUCUGCCUCUCCUCUCUCUGUGUAACUCUCACUCUCAAAUAAAAAAUAAAUUUAUAUAAAAAAAGAAAUGUCUAUUUAGGUCCUGGUCCAAUCUCUUAAGUGGAUUGUUAGUUUUUUUUUGUUGUGGAGUUUCUUGAUCUCUUUUUAGAUUCUGUUAUUAAUCCUUUAUCAGUUGCAUAGUUUGCACAUAUUUUUUCCCACUCUGUCCAUUGCCUUUUCACAUUGCUGACUAUUUCUUUUGCGGUACAGAAACUUCUCAAUUUGAUGUAAUCCCAGUUGUUAAUUCUGGCUUUGACAGCCUGUGCCUCUGGGGUCUUUUCCAAGAAGUCUUUUCCUGUGCCUUUAUCUUGUAGGGUUUCUCAAUGUUCUCUAAUAAUUUGAUGGUAUCGGAUCGUAGAAUUAGCUCUUUAAUCCAUGUUGAGUGUAUUUUUGUGUAAGGUGUAAGGUAGGGGUCUUGCUUCAGCGUACUUUGGAUCCCCUAAAGGAUCAUAUCAUCGGUAAAGAAGCAUAGUUUGAAUUCUUCCUUUCCAACUUGUAUCCCUUUAAUUUCUUUUUCUUGCCUAAUGGCGCUGGCUAAAACUUCCAGAACUAUAUUGAAUAGCAGUGGUGAGAGUGGGCAUCCCUGUCUGGUACCAGAUCUCAGUGGAAAGCUUCCAACUUUUCCCCAUUCAAUAGUAUGCUGGCCAUGAUUUUUUCAUAAAUUGCAUUGAUUGCAUUGAGGAUUGUUCCUUCUAUACCCAGUUUGCUUAGAGUUUUCAUCAUGAAAGGGUGUUGAAUUUUCUCAGAUGCUUUCUCUGCAUCUAUUGAAAUAAUCAUAUUGUUUUUCUUCUGCAGUCUGUUAAUGUGGUGUAUCACAUUGAUUGAUUUGCAAACAUUGAACCAUCCCUGCAUACCAGGGAUAAAUCCCACUUGGUCUGGGUGGAUGAUCUUUCUGAUGUGUUGUUGCAUUGUAUUGGUCAGAAUUUUAUUGAGGAUUUUGCGUCUAUGUUCAUCAGGGAAAUUGGUCUGUAAUUAUCCUUCUCUGCUGCAUCCUUUUCAAGUUUAGGUUAAGGUGAUGCUCAUAAAAAGCAUUUUGGAGGAUUCCCUCUCUUUCAGUUGUUCUGAAUAGUUAGAGAAGAAUUGGAAUUAGUUCUCCUUUAAAUGUCUGGCAGAAUUCAGCAUUGAAGCCUCUGGUCCUGGGCUUUUCUUUGUUGAGAGGUACCUUUAAAAUUAUUUUUUUUUUAGCAGGCAGAGUUAGACAGUGAGAGAGAGAGAGACAGAAAGAAAGGUCUUCUUUCCAUUGGUUCACCCCUGAAAUGGCAGCUACGGCUGGUCACUGCGGCUGGCUCACUGCUUGAUCGAAGACAGGAGCCUGGUGCUUCCUCUUCAUCUCCCAUAUGGGUACAUGGCCCAUGCACUUGGGCUGUGCUCCACUGCCUUCCAGGGCUAGAGGAGAGCUGGACUGGAAGAGAAGCAACUGGGACAGAAUCCGGUGCCCCAACCUGGACUAGAACCUGGGGUGCAGGCGCUGCAGGCAGAGGACUAGCCAAAUGAGCUGCGGCGCAGGCCAGGAUGGCCUUUAUUACUGAUUCAAUUUCUGUCUCAAUUGUGGGUCUGUUUAGGUUGUCUUCAUAGUUCAAUUUAGGUAUGUUGUAUUUGUCCAGUAAUCUAACAUAUCUGAUAGAUUUCCCUGUUUGCUGGCAUACAACUCUUUGUAGUAAUUUCUGGUGUUUGUUGUUACAGUCCCUUUUUCAUAUUUGAUUUUAUUUAUUUGGUACUUCUCUCUCCUUUUUUUUAAUUAGUUGUGUCCAUGGAGUGUCAACUGUUUAUUUUUUCAAAAAACUCACUCUUCAUUUGGCUGAUCUUUUGUAAUGUUUUUUUUUCAUACUCAAUUCUGUUGAUUUCUUCUGUAAUUGUAAUUAUUUCUCUUCUCCCACUAGUUUUGCGUCUGGUUUGCUGCAGCUUUUCUAGAUCCUUGAGAUGCAUUGAUAGCUCAUUUAUUUGGUGCCUUUCCAGUUUUUUGAUAUAGGCACCUAUUGCUAUAAACUUUCCUCUUAACACUGCUUUUGCUGUAUCCCGUAAGUUUUGAUAUGUUGUGUUAUCUUCAUUUGCUUCCAGAAAGUUUUUGAUUUCUCUUUUGAUUUCUUCUGUGACCUGUUCUUCAUUCAGGAGCAUAUUGUUCGGUCUCCAUGUGUUUGCAUAUGCUCUAAGGAUUCCUGAGUUGCUAAGUUCCAGCUUCAUUCCAUUGUCCUCUAAGAAAACUGCAUGGUAUGAUUUCGAUUCUUUGGAAUUAGCUGAGACUUGCUUUAUGGCCUAGUCAAUCCUAGAGUAGGUUCCAUGUACUGCUGAGAAGAAUGUGUAUUCUUCAAGUGUAGAUAUCUGUUAGAUCCAUUUAGGCUAUAGUGUCAAUUAAAUCUGCUGUUUCCUUGCUGAUUUUCUGUUUAGUUGAUCUGUCCUUAGCUGAAAGUGGAGUAUUGAAGUCCCCCAAUGAUAUUGUAUUGGAGUCUAAGUCUCCCUUUAAGGUCCUUAGCAUAUCUUUUAAAUAACCGGUGCCCUAUUAUUAUGUCCAUACAGGUUUAUAAUAGUUACAUCUUCCUGUUGAAUUGAUCCUUUAAUCAUUAUAUAGUGCCCUUCUUUGUCUCUCUUAACAGUGCUAGUGUUACAAUUUAUUUUUUCUGAUAUUAAUAUGGCCAUACCAGCUCUUUUUUGGUUUCUGUUGGCGUGGAAUAUCUUUUUCCACCCUUUGACUUUCAGUCUGCAUGCACUUUUCUAGGAAAGAUGUAUUUCUUGUAGGCAAAAAAUAGAUGGGUUUUGUUCCUUAAUCCAUUCAUCCAGUCUGUGUCUUUUAACUGGAGAGUUGAGGCCAUUUAUAUCCAAUGCGACUAUUGAUAAGUAGUGACUUUUCCCUGCCACUUUUCCAAAUGUAUUUCUAAUAUAUGCUUUGAACUUGUGAUCUUUUACUGAGAGAUUUUCUUCCUUUACCUUCUUUCAUAUGAUGACCAUGUUUCUGUGUGUAACACAUCUUUAAGCAUCUUUUGCAGGGCUGGAUGAGUGGUGACAAAUUCUUUCAAUUUCUGUUUGCUAUGAAAGGUCUUUAUUUCACCUUCAUUCACAAUGAGAGCUUUGCAGGAUAUAAUAUUCUGGCAGUUUUUUUCUCUUAGUACUUGGGCUAUGUCUCACCAUUCCCUCCUGUCCUGUAGGGUUUGAUAAGUCUGCUGUGAGUCUCAUUGGAGAUCCUCUGAGAGUAAUUUCUCUCUUGUACAUUUUAGAAUCUUUUCUUUAUGUUUCAUUGUGGUGAGUUUGAUUACAAUGUGUCAUGGCAAGGAUCUCUUCUGGUCAUGUUUAAUGGGAGUUCUGUGUGCUCCCUGUACUUGGAUGUCUUUUUAUUUCUCCAAAGACGGGAAUUUUUCUGCUUGUAUCUCUCUAAAAAGGCCUUCUACUCCUUUCUCUCUCUCCAUGCCUUCAGAACGUCUAAAACCUGAAUGUUGGGUUUUUUAAUAGUAUCCUGUAGAUU